AUGCGAUGCGCGAGCAAGGCCGCCGAGAACGCGUCUGCACGUCUCUGUGCGGACGCCGAAGCAGAAACAACAGCAACUGAUGUCCCAUCGGUUGCUGAAGCGACCCAGCCUGUGUCACUUGGUGAUGCAGGCGCUGGUCAUGAAGACACUCGUGUCUUCACAGAGUACGAGCUCGGUGUCUCGUACUCUCCUGAUACGGAUGACAGAUCCGUAACGACGGCGAUUGACUCUAAGCCGCCUGCCAAGAGUGGCAUGGACGAUGCUAUGCGUCGCAGCAUCUUUGGUUCAUCUGAUGAAUCAGAUGAACCAUCGCCGAAGCGAAGGCGCUCGAGGUCGCGAGACUCGGGCGCUAAUAGUGGUGUCGGUUCUCCUAUGGACACCACUUCACAGCGAGGUGCCAGUACUUCUGUCGGCACGUCGCAGGAAGAGCGGGACCGCAAUGUCUUGCGUCUCGCUCCCGAGAAGAAGGCAUGGAUGCCUCCUAAUCAGUCAUGGAUCACUUGUCGGCGACGACGAGUGAUCGUUAUCGAACACGAUUGUUCGAUUCGUCAAGGAUUCAUCACCUUGACCCCAGCGCGAAAAACUAUCGCGCUGAACAUGAAUUCUUCAUCGAUGCUUUCUUUAGACAUCGAUGGUACAGUGGGAAUCACAAACGUGAUGGUCCCUCACUACUUCAGGCGUGGAACGCCUACAUCCAUAACCUCGAGGAUGUAG